GAAAGAAAAUAGGGUGCCACGUGGCUGCACGGUACAACUUUCGGGGUCGGAACACUUGGAAACGACGUGUCGUCCCACUCCCAUGCCUUUUUCCUCGACAAUCAUGACGACAUAACCAACCAAAGGCUUCACACUUUCUUCACACUGGGAGGGUAACAAGGAAGUCUCUCUCAGUGAAGAAAUUGGGAGAGAAAUUCAAUGGGUUUAAGCAACAACAUCACGGCAAUUGUGAACUUCUUGGCACUUCUCUGCUCCAUCCCCAUAAUCGGUGCCGGAAUUUGGCUGGCUUCAAAGCCUGAUUACGAAUGCAUCCAUUUUUUCCGGUGGCCGGUGGUUCUCCUCGGCGUCUUAAUCCUCCUCGUCUCUUUAGCGGGCUUCAUCGGCGCCUACUGGAACAGACAAGGCCUCUUGGCCUUUUACCUCUUCUGUAUGGCUCUUCUAAUCGGCCUUUUGCUGGUCCUCCUCGUCUUCACCUUCGUCGUCACUCGCCCCGACGGUAGCUACACCGUCAUGGGCCGAGGAUUCAAGGAGUAUCGGCUCGACGGAUUCUCGUCCUGGCUCAAAAAUCAUCUCACUAAUUCUAGAAAUUGGCCGAAGAUAAGGACGUGUUUGCCGGAAUCUGAUGUGUGUUCUAAGCUUAAUCAGAGAUACUUCGCCGCCGAUCAGUUUUUCGCGGUGGACAUCUCGCCGCUUCAGUCCGGGUGCUGUAAACCUCCAACAGCUUGCGGGUAUAACUUCGUGAACCCGACACUGUGGCUGAACCCUGGUGAUCCAAUGGCUGACCCAGACUGCUAUAUUUGGAGCAAUGACCAGACCCAGUUGUGCUACAAUUGCAACUCUUGCAAGGCUGGUCUCUUGGGGAACCUCAGAAAAGAAUGGAGGAAAGCCAAUGUGGUUCUCAUUGUCACUGUGGUGAUCCUGAUUUGGGUUUAUGUAAUCGGCUGCAGCGCCUUCAAAAACGCUCAGACCGAGGACCUCUUUCGUCGUUACAAACUGGGAUGGAUCUGAUCUUGUUUUUGUUACCUUUUCAACUCUGUUUAGGAUGCCUUUAUCCCUAUGUUUAUAGAGUUUCCAGACAGCACAACCAAGUUUUGGAACCUAAAUGGUUAUUCACAACCUUUGUCUCAGAUAAGAAUACAA